AUGACACAUUACACUUGCAUAAGGGUGCGGGAGAUAAGACAGCCAGAAUUUCUGCAGUGGCGUCGCCACAUUCACGAGAACCCCUAUCUGGCCUACGAGGAGCAGCCGACCGCAGACUACGUGGCGAGCGUCCUCACGGCAAUGCCGGCACCCCUUGAGAUACGGCGACUGACGCCGAACAGUGUUAUCGCUGACCUCCGCGGAGGAGCCGGAGAGGGACCCAUUUACGCACUGCGUGCUGACAUGGAUGCGCUUCCAUUGCAGGAAGAGAGUGGCGAGCCUUUUAGCUCGAAGCGGCCUGGUUGGACUAAGGGACGUUAA